AUCACCGCAGCAUCGGAGGCGUCCCGCUAUUGUAGUGUCGCGCGCGCCAAAGUGUCGAGCGAAGUGCCAAACUCCGACCAGCAGCCUACGCGCGCCGUGGCAGCCUCUGAGCUUCUUUAUACCGGAACCGACUGCAUCUCUCGCAGCUGUUACUAGUCGCAUCUCCGUAUUACAACGAUCCGGCCAGUGAUUUUACCUGGCACAAUAGAAGGCUGGACCAGUAACGAUUCUCCACAUAAAGAAAAGCGAUAGGAAUUUCGCCUUCGACAGCCUGCUAUGUCAAGAAAUCUUCUCGAGUCAAACAGUCGCUGAGACCAAUCUCAGAAUCUCGACAUUGUAAAAAAUUCUUCGACAACGCGUGAACACAUGGAAUUCGAGGAUUUCUACAACCAAAUUCGCAGAUAAAAAGUCGCUGAACCUCAGUCCUGGCCGCGACGCGGAAACGGCGGCGCUAGAAACUGUGCACAAGUGUGUAUGUGUGUGUGUGUGUGUAUGUGGCUGUGAGUGUUUUUGUUGGCUUCGCGGAUUGCCGGUUCGCACCGUCUGAUCCUGUUAAGGUGGCUGCGGUGACGUAGUGCCUUCUCCUUCGGCUACGCCACGUGGAUCAGCUAGCACGUGUGAGGCCACACAGCGGCAGAUUUCUGCAGAUCGCAGUUGGCAUCUUCAGUACAGUUUUCUGUCACGAAUGCAAAGAAGUGUUCGGUUAUGACGGCUUCAUUGUUGGUUGUGAUUCGUCUCUCGGCUGAGAGAGAUAGCUAGCGAAUCAUCGACGGCUCAAAUCGCGGUGGGCGCUUCGAGCGCGCAGUACUCGCGACCUGUUUGCCACAACAAACUGGUUAGAGUCGCCAGCGCACGCAAGCACUGCCCCUCCGUCCAGCAGCUAGAGCUGGGAAGCGCUUCGGCUGUGUUGUCUGCGCGCGCGCGCGUGUGUGUGUGUGUCGAGGCGGACACGGACUAGGUGGAUGUCGGCGUCGGCGGCCGACUGCGUGUGUCGCAAAGUGCGUGUGUCUGUGGCGGCGCCGUGUGCGUGAUGCGUGUGACAGGGACAGGUGCGCGACGCAGCUGCGUGGGUGCGUGACAGCGGCGGGCCCAGCCAGCAGGGGACGAGAGACACACGACACGGGAAGCAGCGGCAGUAGCAGACGGCCGCCAUGAGGCUCAUCAAGAAGUACUGGCACCGAGAGUCGUCGGAGCUGUCGUCGAAGAAGGCGGCGGCUGCGGCGUCGGCGUCGGCGGACGACCUGCUGGCGUCCCAGCAGCUCCAGCAGCAGCAGGCCGACCUGGAGCUGGAACUGGCCGCCAUGGACGACGGCGCCCCCCACCGCGAGAUGGCCGUCGACGUGCCCGACAGCUUCGUGGCGCGCACCAAGACGCCGCCCAGAUACCCGCCGCCCAGGCCGCGCUCCCAGCAGGGCGGCGCGCCCAACGGCAGCGCCUCGGGCGGCUACUCGACGCCGGCGUCGCCCCCCAAGCCGGUGCCGCCCCCGCGCGACCACCUGCGCAUCGAGCAGGACGGCCGGCUCGUCAACCGCGCGCCGCCCCCGCAGCUGCCCGCCAGGUCGCCGCUCGCCGCUGCAGCCGCGGCCGCCGCCUCCUCCGCCGCCCCCGCCGCCCAGGACGCCGCCCCCGCCGUGUCGCCCGCGCCCGGCACCACGCCCACCCGUCAGCAGCUGGACAGCAUCCGCAAGUACCAGGAGCAGCUGCGGAAGCGCAAGGAGGCGGAGGAGCAGCAGGAGGCGCUGAACCGGUCGCUGCGCGGGUCGCGGAAGCUGCAGGCGCUCGAGUCGCGGCCGCACGGGCUCGUCAACGACGCCUACUCGUCGGCCGACGAGGACGACCUUGGCGCCGUCACGGGCCAGCAGCAGCAGCAGCUGGCCGCCGUGCACAGGGUCAUCGGGUACGGGGAGCUGGUGGCGUCGCUGCAGCGGCUGCAGCUGCUGCUGAAGAAGAGCGCCGCCGACGGUGUGGGGUCGGGCUCGGCGCUUGGCGCGCAGGUCGCAGCCGUGCAGACUCUGCUGCUGAGUCCGCAGUUCGGGCGCGCGCUCGCCGUCCACAACAGGGUGCAGCGCGCCGCCGCCAGGGGGCUCUGCCGGCCGCCCGCCGCCGACAACGCGCACGCCCUCUCCAGGGACUGCCUGGAGGUGCUGCGGCCAUGCAAGCUGCCCGAGGCAGCAGAACUGUGUGACCUGCUCUCCCGUUACGAGCUGGACGCGCUGCUGGUAGCCCACGACGCGGUCGUCGCCACCACCGAGCCGCGUUCUCCGGCACCCUCACCCACGCACAGUGCGGGUGGCGGAGGGGGUGUGCCCGGCUCGGGGAGGGGCUCGCCGCCUCCCAGGCACGAGGGCAACAUCCGCAUCGUCAGCAUCGAGAAGACCAACGAGCCGUUGGGUGCCACAGUGAGAAACGAAGGAGAAGCUGUCAUCAUUGGGCGGAUAGUGCGGGGAGGGGCAGCAGAGAAGUCUGGCCUGCUCCGCGAGGGCGACGAGAUCCUCGAGGUGAAUGGCAUUGAGAUGCGUGGGAAGUCCGUGAACGAGGUGUGCGACAUCCUUGCUGGUAUGACAGGCACGCUGUCCUUUCUCGUGGUUGGCAGCAGCAACCAGCCUCCGCCACCACCACGGGAGACCACCAUUAUCCAUAUGAAGGCGCACUUCGACUACGACCCUGAGGAAGACCUGUACAUCCCAUGCAGGGAGCUGGGAAUCAGCUUCCAGAAGGGUGACGUGCUGCACGUUAUCAGUCAGGAUGAUCCCAACUGGUGGCAGGCGUACCGCGAGGGUGAGGAAGACCUCACACUUGCUGGGCUCAUCCCUUCCAAGUCCUUCCAGCACCAACGUGAAACAAUGAAGCAGACGAUAGCCGGUGACCGGCUGACAAAGGAAGGCAAGUCAAAGAAGGCAAGCACGCUCCUCUGUGCCAAGAAAAACCCCAAGAAGAAGAAAAAGAAGCCUUACGGUUCCAGCUACACUGACGGAGGCUACCCGCUCUAUGCGAGCGCUACCGAUGAUUACGAGUCAGACGAGAUCCUGACGUACGAGGAGGUGGCGCUGUACUACCCGCGGACGACGCACCGCCGCCCCGUCGUGCUCAUCGGGCCGCCUAACAUCGGCCGCCACGAGCUGCGCCAGAGGCUCAUGGAGGACUCGGAGAGGUUCGCGGCUGCCGUCCCACACACGAGUCGACCACGCAAGGAGGGUGAAGUGGACGGGCAAGAUUACCAUUUCAUCUCGAGGGCGCAGUUCGAAGCGGACAUCUUGGCACGUCGUUUUGUGGAGCACGGCGAAUACGAGAGAGCGUACUACGGUACGUCGCUGGCGGCCAUCCGUGCCGUGGUGGACGCGGGGAAGACGUGUGUUCUGAACCUGCACCCACAGUCACUGCGUAUCCUGCGCGCUUCUGACCUCAAGCCCUACGUGGUGUUCGUUGCGCCGCCCUCCCUGGAGAAGCUGCGGCAGAAGAAGGCCCGCGCUGGCGAGGCAUACAAGGAGGAGGAGCUGAAGGACAUAAUUGAGAAAGCACGUGAAAUGGAGGACAAGUACGGCCACCUGUUCGACUUGAUCAUCAUCAACAACGACACGGACCGUGCCUUCCAGCAGCUGCUCUCCGAGAUCAACAGCCUGGAGCGGGAGCCGCAGUGGGUGCCCGCUGCCUGGGUCAAGGGGUCCUGAGCGUCAGCUGCCAGGCACUCCUGUGUGACCCACAACAUUGGCAACAAAGCCUGACAACAGACAUCAGCAAUACUGUUCAGAAGGCUGCAUUGUCAUGAGACAGGGAAGUUCCAACUCAUCCUUUACAGGUGAAAUAUUAUGUUAGGCUAAAGGUGCUAUGCAAUGGACUAAAAUCUCUGGUCAGAAAAUGGACACAGUAAAUGUUCUUGCAAGUUAGAAACUUGUGUCAGGUAGAAUGGGCAAGGUGCGUGACGUACUUUUACUAUAAAAAUCGUAUAGUGCCUUCACCUUCCAAAGGCACAAAUCUUUGUUGUUGUUUAUGGAUGUAAGGCUCUCGUGCAUAGUGGUGAAACCCAUCACACUGAUACUUUGUACAGAAAAUGUGACGAAGUUGUAGGCUGGGAGUCCAUAAAGGUUAUGCUGAAGAGCACACUGUUUUCAUUAAGGAAUGGACAUACAUUGCUAUUAGUAUUACAUAUGUAUAUUGUUUAAAUGGUGUACAGUCUUUUUUUUUAAAAAUCUGUAUUUCUUAUAUUAAUUAUACCCCUCCCCCUCAUUAGCUGUAAGUUUCACUGCAGUGUGACAUUAACACGACUGACAGAUAGCAUUGCUGCAACUGGAGCUCUAAGGAGAAGAAGUAUAUUAUCAAGUGCACACGUUAAAUACCCUGUCAGUCCACUGUACAUAAUUUCUGUCAACUCUUUCAUUUCAGAAAAGUUACAUCACCUCCACUCCAAGAGCAAUAAAAAGCCAUUACGUUGCUCCAAGUCCACAGUGUUUUUCAGUAUCUGAAAACGGGAGUUGUUUCACAGACAAUUCCUUUUUUUUUUUUUUUUUAGGAAAGAAUUUUAUUUGGAGCAGUGCUAUGAAUAUAUCAUUUUUUAAGUACCUGUAAGUCAUAGAUUGAGUAUUGAGAUUUUAACAGAAAUGUUAGUUACUUUAAAGAAUUUUAUUUUCUCAUUUGUGAUAAAUGAUACAAAUGUACACGAAUACACUAGACAACGUAUGUUGAUACCUACUUUUAGUUUCCCUCACACCCCCCUGAAGAGAAAGCACUCGACUCUGGGAAGUCAUGAGAUACAUUCUUCCAAAGACAACCAUUCCAAACUGUAUGUGCCUGUAGCAGUCUGUAACAAGACAUUUACAGAUCGUAGAAGCUCAACUAUUUAUUGGUGCUAUAAAUUUCCAGAACUAAGGAAACAUAUUGGCAUGUAAAGUUUGACUGUGUGACUUGAAGGAAAAAUAUACAUAGUAUUUCUCACUGUAUCAGAGAGAUCAAUAGUUUUAGCUUUUUGCAUUUAGUGUGCAGUGUAACCAAGUCCAUGAAGUGUACAGUUUUCGCAACCCUGGUUUUGUCGGGGGAAAAAUUUUUCUUCAGAUACAAAUUUCAACUGUUGAGGAAUUGAGAGAUUUCACAUAGUAGCUGGUUUACAUUCUAAAUGUUUAUAAAUGCUUUUGAUGUUAAAUUUCAUAUUUUACAAGUUUUAUUUCUAUAUGUAUAUUGUACGCAAUAUUGUGAAUGAAAGAAAUGUAAUCACUGUAAGAAUUACUAUUAUUGGCUGUAGUUCCUUUCUAUUCUUUCUUUAUAUAGCUCUAUAAGUUAACUGCAUCGACUUUACUCGUUAACUGGCAAUCACUCUACAUCCAAACAGCACUGAAGGAAUGCCUUUAAUUUCAUGAACAUCACCUUUUCAUUGGGUAUUAGGAGCACAUAAGAACACCUAAUUGAUUUGUUUUCUCGCAUAUCAAAAUGUUUUCUAAGAUAUGGCAGGUUGAUUUUUAUACAAGAAAAGCUGCAGAAAUCAGUGUUUCAAAGCUUUGUCAUUAAUUUUAAAGUAUGCUGAAGCAGGCACAUUUAAAGCAUGUUAACGAUCUUUCAUACAAAGAGAGGAAAGAACUUUUAUAAGGUGAUGGCAUUUCACUCGAUGUCAACCAGUACCUCAGGUAAAAUUUUUACUGUGCUCUUGUUGUGACAAGUUACGAGUCGAGGCCAACGUGGAAAAAAACAAGUCGACCUGAACUACCCGGCAUUUACGAAGUUCAGUAAAUAAACGAAAUAAAAUUGUAAAUUUUGUCACUGCAACAGUUGCAGGACCUAAUAAUAAAAUGUAGUGUGCAGUUAUGUGAAUGAGGGUAUGCUGCGAAUUUCCCUCGUAUACAAGAGUAGGAAAGAACUACUUUCAGAGUUAAAGGUAGGAAAUCAAAAGGCAGUUGUAUGAGAUGCCGGUAGGAAGUGCCAAAUUGUCUGUUGUCUUUCCAUUUCUGUUAGAGAACUUUACAAAUGAGAAUUAGUGUGCCUGUGUUUUGAUGGUAAAUGUCGUUAUGAAACUUAAGUGUAAUCAGGUGAGUGAAAAUUUAGUCAUAUGAGUUACUGAAGGAACAGUUCUGGUAUGCAAGCACAUUGUUUCUGCCAUACCUGUAGCUACAAUUUACUUCCAUUUAAAUAAAAUUGGGAGAGACGUAGUCUUUCCAUACUGAAGUCAUAUUGCAUUUAAAUGCUGUAAAAAAAUCCCAUCAUUUUGCAUUGUUCAUAUUUCUUUGUCAUAAACAUCACACUCAAAAAACAUUUCCUAACUGACCAACAUCAGGCAUGAUUUUUUAUAUAAAUAUUAAUUAUUACGUGUAAGUAUUAUUAAAGAGAAGCUAACUUGUAACAACUUUUGUUUUAUCAGUGAAGUGUGUUUUAGAUAAACAAUUGUACAGUUAUUUUUAUUAAUAUAUUAUUAAUGAUAUUCCACACAUAGACUUCCAAAUAAGAUAUGACUAUAUAAAUAUAUAUACAUAUGACUAUAAAUAUUGUGUAUUGUUAUUAAAUUUCAUUGUUCAUUUCUAUUUUCAAAUGAUAACUUUUAAAAAACGACGAGAGAAUGGAUCACAGUGCUCAAAGUUCUCAUGAAUAAUAUGUUUUAGCAAUGUUAUGUAACUGGUGAUGAAUUGGCAUACCAUAAGAGCGAUCAUGUAUUUUAAAAUUUAUUGUACAUACAUAACGGUUGUUUAUACCCAGAGGGGGCAAUUUUUCUGCUCCAUAUAUUAAUAAAAAGGGAGUAAUGUUUUUUUCAGCUGUGUCUGAAGAUUGUUCUUGAAAAUUGUCACCAGAAAGAGGACUGUGUAUAUUUCUGUUGUGUCAUUCUUUAGUAAAGAGUACUGAUACAUAGGAAA